CGGCAACUUGGCCUGUGGCUCGGAUCGUCACACCGUCGUUUUUCGGACGACUGUCUGGUGGCUGGGGGAUGGGGUCUGAUGCAGAGGAGGAGAGGGAAAAUGCCGAAGCGGGGAGGACUCGGACCAGGCUGCCAGUGGGAGGAGGCUGCCGGAGGAGCCGAGUGGCAGUCACGUGCUGCUGCUGUAUCAGCUAGUCCCUGAGGUGAGGUCCUGGGCCCCGCUGCCGGCAGACACCGGCGCUCCCUCGCUUCGCUGGUCCCCGUCGGCCACAGGCCAGGAGAGGUGCCUGUGCGGCUGUGAAACCAGCUCCCAACUGGCGCCUUCUCCUCAGAGCAAUUUGCACCUUCCCGGCUGGCUGCUGUAGAAAUGGAAAAUGCUGAUGUGGUUGUAAGCAGCUGCAGCUCCCAUGAUGAUGAUAAUCUUUACAGCUACAAACAACACCCAUCUGUUUCACAAGAGCUGCUUUUGGAAGACCAGCUUAGAAGGAAACUUAAAUUUUUUUUCAUGAACCCAUGUGAGAAAUUUUGGGCGCGGGGCAGAAAACCUUGGAAACUUGGGAUUCAGCUUCUAAAAAUAGUGAUGGUUACCAUCCAGUUAGUAGUUUUUGGGUUAAGCAAUCAAAUGGUCGUUACCUUCAAGGAGGAGAACACUGUGGCAUUCAAGCACCUCUUCUUGAAAGGAUAUACAGAGAGAAUGGAUGAUACCUAUGCUGUAUACACACAAACAGAUGUCUAUGACCAGAUCUUCUUUGCAAUAAACCAGUACUUACAGCUGCGCCACAUAUCUGUUGGAAAUCAUGCUUAUGAGAGGAGAGGAGCAGAACAAACAGCUAUGGCAAUCUGUCAACAGUUCUACAAGCGAGGCAGCAUCUGUCCUGGAAAUGACACCUUUGAUAUCGACCCCAACAUUGAAACUGAAUGUUUCUAUGUUGAGCCAAUGAUGCCCUUGGAAAACAGAACACUGGGAAAGCACGAGUUCAAUUUCACUCUGGACUUCCAUAGACUUGUAACAGUACAGCUUACCUUUAAACUGAAAGCAGUCAAUCUCCAGACAGUUCGUCACCAUGAACUCCCGGACUGUUAUGACUUUACUUUGACAAUAGUGUUUGAUAACAAAGCACAUAGUGGAAGAAUUAAAAUAAGUCUGGACAAUGAUAUUGCCAUCAGGGAAUGUAAAGACUGGCACGUUUCUGGAUCGAUACAAAAGAAUACUCAUUACAUGAUGAUCUUUGAUGCCUUUGUCAUAUUGACUUGUUUAGCCUCAUUGAUCCUCUGCACACGAUCAGUGGUUAAAGGAUUUCGGCUCCAAAGGGAAUUUGUAAGUUUUUUCCUACAUCAUUAUAAGAAAGAAGUAUCUUUCACUGAUCAAAUGGAAUUUGUCAAUGGGUGGUACAUCCUGAUUAUUGUUAGUGAUGUCUUAACUAUUGUUGGCUCAACACUAAAAAUGGAAAUACAAGCAAAGAGUCUGACAAGUUAUGAUGUCUGUAGUAUUCUCCUAGGAACCUCAACCAUGCUUGUGUGGCUUGGAGUUAUUCGAUACCUAGGUUUCUUUCAGAAGUAUAAUCUGCUUAUUCUGACACUACGGUCAGCAUUGCCCAAUGUCAUUAGAUUCUGCUGUUGUGCUGCUAUGAUCUAUCUGGGCUAUUGUUUCUGUGGCUGGAUUGUACUAGGGCCAUAUCAUGUUAAGUUCCGUUCUCUGAACAUGGUUUCAGAAUGCCUUUUCUCACUUAUAAAUGGAGAUGACAUGUUUGCCACAUUUGCAAAAAUGCAUCAGAAAAGUUACUUGGUUUGGUUAUUUAGUCGGCUUUACCUCUACUCCUUCAUCAGCCUGUUCAUCUAUAUGGUGCUAAGUCUUUUCAUUGCACUGAUCACCGAUACAUAUGAAACAAUUAAGCAUUACCAGCAAGAUGGCUUUCCAGAGACGGAACUCCAUGACUUUAUAUCACAGUGUAACGACCUACCAAACUCAGGCCGGUACAGAUUAGAAGAGGAGAGUCCUGUGUCGAUCUUCUGUUGUUGUAAACGGUCCUAACGAAGAUAUUUACAAGAAUGUGGGAAUGUAUUCUGGAGACCUUUUAAAACCGCACACUAAUCACAAGAACUGGAUAGAAAAAAAAGCUGGAAAAUUCCUGAACUUAAAGCUCAAACUUUCUUUUCUUUAAAAUAAUAUAAACUUGUUACAGAAGUUUGUGAAACUUGGACAUCUAAUUGACCAUUAUCUCUAGUUUAGGUUGUAUUUUUCUAAGCAUAUGGCUCUAAUUGUCUGAUGAUCUAGUUAGAAUUGCACUGGAAUGCAAAGGGCAUUAUGAAACUGGCUGUGCACGGUGAUCUGGCUAGACUAGACUAUUCAACAAUAUUUCUCCAAUAGAUCCAAAAGUUACAGCUGGACAAUGGCAACGUCAAACAAAAACUGGUCCUCAACACUACAGGCUUUAUGUAUGGAGUAGCAUUCAUUUAUUGAGUUACAGCACUACUUACCAAAGGCCUUUAGUUUCUUCAGAUUUUCUAUUUACCUACAGUAAUAGUAAAAAAUCAACCCAAACUGAGUUUCAGGAAAACACAUUAGAUAAACUGCCACUGGAGACAGUGUAGUGGGUUAACGUAAAUGUUCAAAUCUGGCUCAGGGCAUAAACUAAGUGGGCAUUUGUGCAAACAAGCCAUACCACCUGACAUGACCGGCAGUCUCGUCUCAGAGAGGCCAGAGUAUAUAGCCAGGGAUAGGUAGGUCAGGUUGAAGUGUGGUGGCAGAGAUGAGUGGGGGAACCUUACAUAGCUUACUACACACACCACUGGGUAGGACCAGGCAUGUAGCCUUUCAUGUCUCUUAACAGAAUGCUGACAUACAUUUUUAAAGAAUAAAGGUGAGGUAAGGGAGAAAAUAAACAUAACAGCAACAAAAGUACUUCCAAAAUAUUCAUUUUCAUUUAAAUGUUUCCUCCUAGUAUACUAGACCUUAGACUAUUUCUGGAGUCUAAAUUAGAUGUAUGGAGAUUUUGACUCCCAGAUAUUGGAAAGUGGAUAUUUGACAGCUAUUAUAUGCAGUAGUCACAAAGGUCCUCUGUAGAAUUUUGUUAUGAUACAGUACUUCAAAUAUUGCAAUUCUGAGCUAUUAACUAGUCCAUCCUCUUGCUUUGGAACCGGAUUUUUAUUGAAGCUUUAUUCUCCAUAAUCUGUUCACUUGGGAAGCAGAAUAGAAAAAUGGAGGAGCAUAUUUUAGAUGAUUGCAUGUGUAAGACCAAAAAUCCUAUAGGUGUAGUAAACUGUACAGUGAAAUGUUCUUUAUAUGCUAUGCACAAAUUUGGAAGAUGCUAAAUAUGUUCAGGGUGAAUGUUUACAUUUUGUAGGAAAGUGCUGAAAUAAACAUUUGCAAUUGAAGUAAAUCUUGAGUGAACCAGGAGUAACUUUAAGAUGUCAGUUUUUAAUUCAUCUUUUUCAUGACCAGUAUCCUUAUACUUCUGGCAAGGAUUAAAUAAUGGACUAAUUUGAAAUGAAUACCUAAACUCUUGAUGCUAGCUCUGGGUCUGUACCAGAUUAGCUCAUACAUUUAUUGCGUUUCUAAUUGAAUUAUUGCAUCUUAAUCCUUCUUUGGUUUUCUGGUAUAAAACAGUCAGGCUAGGAGUACCACUUCUGCAAAUCAUAAUAGGUUCCCACUCAGCAGAGGCCAACCACAUACAAUAGGUAGCAGAAAUGGGACAGACAGAACAAAUUCUCCCUAAACUAAAUUUCUAGGAAGUCCUUUUAAUAAGGCUUAUUUCACCAGCAUUUUGGUUUUCUUGAGAAUGCUGUUUGGGGAAACAAGUUCAUUAGCAUGUAAGCACAGAUUGCAAUUUUUUGCGUACCAAAGGGGCUAAGCAUAAUGUACACACCACUUAAAAAGCACUAUUGCAGUUGCAAAGAAAUCUGAAGGGGAGGGCAUCUGCCAUUAUAAACCAUUGAAAGACCACCACCUCUCCCACCUGAUAUCUCCUAUUUCCUCAUAAACCUAGAUGACCUCAAACUUUCUCUUGAUUUUUAAACCAGUCUGCUAAGACUUGCAUAAUUCAGCAAAAACCAAAUGCAGAGCAGUGUUACUGCCCUAAUACAGAGGGAACACCUGUAAGUAAUUUGGGAUGACUAAAGAAGAGCUAGGGCCCAUUGCACAACUUAGCCCCUCCCGUGCAGUCUUCUCCCAAUUUCUAAUACCUUGAUAUUGCCAUAUGAGGCAGAACAAGCUUAUCCUAGCCACAAGCCAGUGGCAAGGUACUCUCCACCUUGGACUUGUGGUGUUUUUUAUAGCCAAACUUCUCAGUUCUUGGAACCAAUGAUCUUGUAUUUGAUGUGCUCUUGGAAAUAGCCUGUAUUGACAAUCCUGAAUCUUAAUCAAUCCAUGUUCUCCUUGUCCUCAUCUAACGCAGAAGCCAAAUUUCCUCAACAAAUAUUCUGGCUAAUUAGAGAAUGAAGGUUCAAGAUGACUUAUUUUGAGCAACAAAUAUGCUGGUUAAGUACAAGGAAUACUGGGUUCCAAAGCUGGAGUUGGAGGAUAUGCAUACUAAAAGACAGCAAAUGUAGAAACAACUCAAACACCUUUCCUGUGCCUUACACAAAACUGAAUUAUAGUUAGAAAAUAUUAACUAUAAUGUCUGGCAUGUCUAAACCAGGAAAGAACAUAGACAUUGCCAUAGAUGCAUCGCUGCUUUGAUGCUAUAUUGCAACUUCUUGUCUCAGGCAGUGGCCAAUAACAUAUGCUUCGCUGGAAGGCUUGGCAGUGUUUUGUUUUGUGGCAUAGCUGCUCCCUAGGUGAGGCUUCUUCCUAACUCCUGUUAGUUAGUGGUUGACCUGUGCCCUGAAGCAUAAAGCUUUGUACCUUGUCUAUUUUGUUAAUGAAGUUAUGGAUGUCCAUACCUAUAUAAAUAUCUCAUUCUUUUCUGGGAUCUUAUUAGGCUGUUUGGUCUCAAUGGUGUCCUGUGAUAACAAAUUCAGCUGGUUAACUACCCACUGAGAGGAAAUGUUUCCUUCAAUCCGUAGUAACUUUGCCUUUUACUUUCAGUACUGAAUUCUCCUUUAUUAGAAUCCAAUUUCCUCUUUGCUAUACUGCUAUUUGUAUAACUAUGACUUCCCUUUAUUCAUCUCUCCCCCAAAUAAUCCCACUCUUUUCUUCAGUUCUCUUCCCUCCCCACCCCCCCCUUUUACGUAGAAGUCUUUUUAUGUCUCGGCUCUUGUCUCUGGACUUUUUUUUUUUAAAUGUCUCAUCCCUUCUGAGAGAGGGUGAACCGAAAACAGACUCGGGUAAAGGCGCACUGUCUAAUUACAUAAUGGCACAACUCAGUAUUCUCUAUCCUGUUCUUUCUACAUGCUAACAUUGUUGC